CACUAUUUCGAGAGGGACCAAAUACGCUCUGAAGCAGUUUUAUUUUCACACUGGGGAUUUUAGUGUGUGGCUGGUCAUUUACUUUGUGGGAACAUUUAGCUUUCAGAGCCAUAUGGCCAUGUUUUUCACUCGCAAGUUGAGAUAAAGGACAACAGACCUCACCAUGAUCACGCCGUCCACGAAGACUUCAAAUGCACCAAUCUGCAGGUUGAGACAGUAUGUAUUACUACUGACUUGCUUUCUUUGGACAUCGUUCUGUUUGGCUCUAUGGGCAUUAAACUAUGGGAUCCACAUGAAAUCGGUUCAGCUCCCCAAACAUAAACCAGCUCCUCGAAAUAACAGUUCAUCUGUGAUAUCUGCCUUUGACAUGGGAAUCAGCGAUGAGGAGUGGGAAAGACUACAGACGGCUCUGGACUGGCCUUUUCCAGAUCAAGAAAUCACUCACCUGAAUCAGAGCACAAGUCCAGUCCACUCUACUUUCUCUAUCGUGGGACUCAAAGAGAGUUACAAAGUGGGAGAAAAGAUCUCUGUGACCAUCACAGCCAGAGACCACCAGAAGAAGCUGAAAACAUACGGAGGAGAUUUUUUCAAAGCAAGACUUUUCAAUUUAGAGCUAAAGGCGAGUGUGUACGGGGAGGUUGUGGAUCUUCGUAAUGGGACUUACUCUGUUGCUUUUCUUCUGCCCUGGGAAGGUCAGGCCCAAGUUUUUGUGCGUCUGGAGCACUCCAGUGAGGUUGUGCAGAUUCUUAAGAAAUACUGGGACUCUUCAUUCCCGCGCACCCACUUUAAUGGCUUCUUUGAAGGAUCGGGACCCAAUAAAAGCAGGAUCAGAGAAGUAGUUGAAUGUAAUCUUAAGUGGGGUCCAGAUGGAAGCUGGAAGAAAGGUGACUGCUGCUGUGAGCAUAAGGAUAUAAGAACAGGGACGGUGUGGCAGUGCCAGAGACCCAAGAAUCUUUCCUGUGAUAAACUGGUGCACCACUUAGGAACGCAUUUGGAAAGUCCAUUAAAUCUUCUUGAGCAGCAGAUUUUUGCAACAAAAUUAACAAAUGUUGCUAUUAAUGGAGACAAAAAAGUCAUAAAUGUCCUUCCCAACACUGCAGCCAAUGACACCAUGAAGAAAUGCAGGUCUGGCCUGACCACACCGGUUCCUGCAGGAUUUUAUCUGAAAGAUGUCUGGAAGUCUUUUGUGUGCAACACUCAACAGUUCAGUCAUGCACAGAAGGCAAACUGUCUUAAAAACAAGAUUGUCUACAUAAUAGGAGACUCCACCACAAGGCAGUGGUUUGAGUACUUAGAAAAAACAGUGCCAGGAAUGAAAAGAAUGAACCUCCACACUCAUCCUCAAGGUGGCCCACUGAUGGCUGUGGAGCUGAAAAAUAACAUCAUCAUUCACUGGAGGGCGCACGGUGUUCCUAUGCGCUUUGGUAUAGUUGUGCCUAUUAUUGACCUGCAUUACAUCAGCAAUGACAUUGAUGAUAUAGCCGGCGGGUCUCAUGCGGUCGUGGUCUUCACAUACUGUGCUCACCUGGUUUUUCAUCCGAUUACAUUUUACGUGUAUGAAGUGGCCAAAAUCCGCCGGUCUGUUAUCGCACUGCUGAGCCGCGCUCCAGAGACCACCGUCGUCAUCAAGUCUGCAAACACUGCAGGACUAAAGAAUAUUUUUUUAAGUGACUGGUACAUGUUGCAGUUGGACAAAGUGAUGCGGGAGAUGUUCAGAGACAUUGAGGGCGUCGUCGUCUUAGAUGUCUGGCAGAUGACUUCCUGUCACUAUCUGCGUGAACACAUUCACCCAGGACCUGUUAUCAUUGCUAAUGAAAUCGACAUGUUGCUUUCAUAUGUCUGUCCUGCCUGAGGCCUGUAAAAUGUAAUAAAUAUGAAAUUUAGAAAAUUACUUUAAUAAAUAUUAACCACCUUAAAAUUUGA